AUGAACUCUCGCAAGAGACCACGAGAUGAGGAGAUCGAGCGCCGGUUGCGUGGUCCUAAGCUUCCUCCGCUCCCAACGGUACUCCCGCCAGAAGAUGAUCGUCAAGUCGACGAGCUGCUGUCAAAACACGGGGUGAUCUCGAAGAUCGAGAGGGAGCAGGUCACGGACAAGGACCUCAUGCGUCUCCGGCCCAACAAGUGGCUGAAUGAUGAAAUCAUCAACUUCUACGGGCAGCUGAUCUUGACGCGUUCGGAGGAAGGCAAGGAGAAUUUCGUCAAGAACAGCAAGAAGCCACUGGACGUGCAUUAUUUCAGCACGUUCUUCUGGUCCAAGCUGGAGAACGAGGGCUAUGAGAAGGGCAGGCUGGCGAAGUGGACAAAAAAGGUCGACAUCUUUCAGAAAGACGUGGUGCUCAUACCUGUCAAUCAUGGCAACUCGCACUGGACCGCUGCUGCCAUUAACUUCCGCCAGAAGCGGAUAGAAUCGUAUGACAGCAUGGGCAUCGUCCGGCCGAAUGUGUUUAGGCUCUUGAGAGCAUACCUGGAUGCCGAGCAUAAGAACAAGAAGAAGAAACCCUUCGACUUUACCGGGUGGCAAGACUACGUACUGGAGGACGUACCCUUGCAGGAGAACGGCUAUGACUGCGGUGUUUUCACCUGUCAGUUUCUGGAGGCACUUUCCCGAGGCGAAGAACCCUUCCGCUUCCAGCAGGCGCACAUGCCCUACCUGCGGAGACGAAUGGUCUGGGAGAUUGGACAUGCCAAGCUCCGUGACGAUACAUGA